UCCUUCUCGUUAUCCUGAACUGAACCCGGCAACUCCAAAGGCCCCAACCAAAACCUCGCCGCCGGGCUCCCACCUCACUCUCGCUCGCGCACUAGGAGCCGAAGCCUACAGCCUACCGCCGCACCGCAGCACCAUAGCGGGAGCCGCAACCAUGGCGUCCUGCUACCACCCUUGGCGCCUCUUCCCAGGAAUGUCGCCGGCGGCCCCUGCCGGGCCCGUCUCGGCGCCGGCUCAUCCUCGCACCUGCAAGUCCUCGAAGGUGUUCGCUAGCGUGCCUCGCCGGAGGAGGCUGCCGUUCCUGGGCACGCGGCGUGCCAGGAUCAAGUGCGUCAAGGACGACUCGCUCCAUUUCGACCCGUCGAAGAUAGAACCGCCACCGUACUCCAGCUACUUCGACUCCACAUCUGGUCAGCUCGAGCCGGCGUCGGGCGCUCGGGCAAGCAUACCCGGGAAGGAGUACUGGCCGGAGGGCACAGCGGCCCGCGUGCGUGCCGCACGAGCGCCUGCCCCAGUCGGGGAGUCGGCUGGGACGCCAUCAUUUGGCACGAAGCCUGGGAGCAGGAGGAGAGGGUAUAAGGAGCAGGUGACGUCGGCCUCAGGAUCGGAGAGUGCGCAAACUGACGACGGAAAGGAUUAUGGUGAGCCUGAUGUGGUCAUUGUAGACUCUGGGGACGAUGCAUUGGAGGAGCUAAAGGAUUCGGUGGAUGAGUAUGUCAUUUAUGAGACACCAGAGGAAGAGGAGUUGAGUGAGUAUGAUAUGGACAAAAUGAUGGGGCGGCCGCACCCGUUCAUUGACCCAGCAAAGGCGAUGUCAUUAGGGGAGCCGAAAACCAGUGAAGAGCUCUGGUGGCACUGGAGGAGGAAGUCUCAGGACGAGGAAAUGUGGUCAAGAUGGCAGAGGAGGCGUCCAGAUGUUGACACGGUUUUUGCAAAGGCAAUGGCGGAGACUGGGCAAAUUAAAAUUUUUGGGGACCAUCCUUCACGGACAGAAGCUGCUCUUGCAAAGACAAGAAGACAUUUGUACAAAGAGGAAAGGUUAGAAGCAGAGCAAAGGAGACUAGAAGAAAUAGGGCCAAUAGCAUACUACUCAGAAUGGGUUGAAGCUUAUAAAAACAAGGAUACAUCACGUGAAGCCAUACAGAAGCACUUUGAGGAAACCGGCGAAGAUGAGAAUGCUCAACUUAUAAAAAUGUUUCAACACCAAACUGCUGGGGAAUAUCGUAUCAUGAUGGGCACCGAUGUGCGUAUUCAGCGAGAUCCUUUGGCCAUGAGAAUGCGGGAAGACCAGAUCAAACAGAUUUGGGGCGGUGAUCCUGUCUAUCCAACAAUUAAUUAUGUUCAGGAUCCUGAUGAAGUGGCUGACUACAGAGGUCCUGAAUUUCAUGAGCCUACCCCUGAAGUUGUACCUUACCUGAUGGAGCAUGGGAUAAUGAUCACAAAGGAAGAGCUAUAUGCACGUCUGAAUGAAGAGAGAGAGGACGUCAAUCAAGACAUAACGUAUAUUCCUGAAGUCAAAGAUCCUAUGGCUACUGCCAUUGAUAUAGGAGAGCAAUCUUACAAUGAAGACAGUGAUGAUGAGGAUGAGGAUGUCGAUAAAGCUGCUGCACAGCCUGAACCACUAGAGGAUGAGGAAGAUGAUGGGGAUGGUGUUGAGAAAGUGAACCAGAAUUGGAGUGUUCUAAAGUCUACUGGACAAACUGAAAAGCCCAAGGAAAAAUCAAAUAAAGGUGAAAUGUCACUAAAAGAAGCUAUUGACGAUUCUGAGAACCUAACUGACUUUCUUAUGGACUUUGAGGAAGACGAGUAAUACUCUGGACAUUUUGCUAUCCAUCACACAUGGUGAGUAAAAAGAUUCUUGAGGACUUACUUCUGGAGGCCCAUAGCCACUAGGGGCGAUGAAGACAACUGGGUGUCCACAAAACUCCACCUGCUCAACUGGACCAAUCAUGCCGGAGAACGAUAUGGUUGUCUGAGAUAUCAUACGAUGGAAGGUAGCUCUAGCUGCCUGUUUAGAAUCACAAGUUGGCAAUGCUAUCAGAAACAAGAAAUCCAGAUUGAAUGCUGUGGCGCAUGCGCAUGGCUUAAUUGACAACAAUCUUCGUGCUUUUAAUGAAACAAGAGAUGUGUGGCAUCAAACAAGAGAUAAGGAGUUGCUGAGAACUAGUAAUUGGUCAUCAAUACGAGCUUAGCCAUAUGGACGUUGGAACUAUGUUAGCCUGGUUACACCGUAAAUAAGAUGUUUCGACCAGACAUCAGCUGAUGUCCUUUAGAUAAGCUUGCCAGUUCGUAACCGGUAUGUAUAACAUGCUUUUUAUUUGAAGAGACAUUAUAAAAACGGGUAUAAAAUGGAUUUUAUUUGAAGAGACAUUAUGAAAUGGUUUGGUCACGUAAA